ACGAGCCACCGGCCAAUCUUGUGCAAUUCGCUCAUAUCGCCCGGUUGCAGCGCGCUGCGGCAUGGAUGGCUAUCAGGAAUGGGGGUCAUUGGGCCGAUUGAGCCGCAGGAGUUCCUCCUCACUGUCAAGAGAGACAUCAAUUGCCUCUCUGACAAUGAUCGAGCUGUCCGACGUGGUGCAGUUGUCAAGCUGGAGAAGACGCUGCUGUCGGGCAGCAAAGCUCCUCCAGAUUAUGUCGCAAAAGUUGUCCUGGAGGAGCUGCACAAACCGCUUUUCAGACUGUUUGCCGACCAGGGCGAGAAGUGCCGCGAAGUGGCGCUCUCGAUGACCAUGCGCUUCGCAGAUCUUCUGCCGGUGCAGGACCUAGAGAACCUUCUUCCGCUGCUUUUAGCGGCGCUGUUGGGGAGAUUUAGGAGCCACCCGUUUCCCGAGCAGAGCGAAGAGCUACGAUUGGAGGCUUUGCGCUUGCUCAACCACCUUUUCGACGUUUGCAAGGAGCGGCUAAACCCCUUUGCAAGCGACGUGCUAGAUGCUCUGUCCAAGGCCUUGACUGACAGCUGCCCCGAUGCCAAGAAGGAAUGCUGCGAGAUCACCAAGAAGGUGAGCCAGUACUUCGACGCGGAGCGGGUCAGCCGAGCCUGCGGUCCUUUGGUUGGCUCACUCCUGGCCAACCUGAAGCACCAGCAGUGGAAAGUGCGGCGAGCCACCUUGGAGAGCAUCGGGGCUUUGCUUCUGCAAGAAGCUCCCAUGAUGGAUCACAUGGAGGAUGUGCUGCCGCAGCUCAAUUUGCUGCUGAGCGACCGGACGGCCGGCGUCCGGCAAAGCCUGGCCGAGAACCUGGAGAGGUGGCUGCUGAAAGGAUUGAGCUUCCGACCGCCAAUGAGUUUUGAUGAUGGGCCCGAGGGUUUCGACAAGUUCGAGUCGCGCCUGGUGUUGCUGCUCCUAGGUGUGGCAGCGGAUGAAGAGGCAGAACAGGUGGGCGCCGUUGCUUUGGGUGGCCUAGAGCGUGUGGCUGCGCUGAAGCACGAGGUUCUCUUGAAGCGUGCCGCAAAGGAACGGGAGCGCGAGGAAGCCAAACAAAAGGCCAAGGAGGCGAGGGAGGCGAAGGCAGGAUACAAAGAGGAGGACGGGGUGGAGCGGACCAAUCCCAGGUGUCAAGAUCCCGAGGUGGUCGCGGCCUUCGACUACACCCAGGUGCUGCCGCUGCUGCCACAGCCCUUCCAGGGUCGCCUACCCGCUCCGCUGACCACCACCUACGUCAAGUUCCACUUGGGCACCAUCCUGCCGCAGGUGCUGACAAAUAUUACACAGUGGACCACUGACAUCAGAGAAGCAGCAGCCCGGUUGCUUCAAGUAGUGCUCGUAAUUGCAAACAAGCAGAUAGCACCCUACUUGGAUGCAGUGCUGGUGCACAUGUACAAGGCGCAGGCAGACGACGACUCAAAGGUGUCACAGACGUCGCUGCUUUGCGCCUCGAUGGUCGGCACUUUCCUGGGGCCUGAGAUGGUGCUGGAGGUGGUGGGCAAACAGCUGGGCCUGAAGCAUGAAGGCGACAGGAAAGGCACCUCCUUUGAUGAGCUUUGGCCACAAGACCGGCAGGGCCGUCAGACGACACGCACCGUGCAGGACGUACUUGCCGGCGUGAAGACCUUUGCGGCCACAACCGCAGAGUCGCGGCGGCAGGUCUUCAUCGUCCUGGCCAGGCUGUUGCACCCGUCCUCGGGCUCUUCGGGCCAGUUCCGGCGGCCUCUGAGCAAGCAGGAGGUGAAGCUGGCGAUCCGCUUCCUGGAGGAGGGUAUCCGCAGUGAGCUUCUCCCUGCAGUGCUGGCUGCGACCGAGUCCUUGCUGAAAGCAGGCGAGGACGCUUGCAUCGACGAGUGGCCCAGAGUCUUCGACGUCUUGCUGCGAAUGAAGAGCGGAGAGGAGUGUAGCGCACAGACCGUGGAUGCAAAUAUCGAUCACCUCGCGCAGCUUCUUGGAAGGUCAAGGCGGCAACUCUAUGAGGAGCAUCUCAGGACCCGCUUGCUUGACCUGCUGCAUGGAGCAGAUGCAGUGCUGUGGGAGGACACUAGUCCAAAUCGCCACAUCCUAGAGACGCUGCUGCGGAAUGCUGGCCCGGCAGUUGCAGAGCAUGUCGGCAGCUUGAUGCCAGUGCUCGCUAGACAAGCGAGCCCAGAGGAUGCCAGCGCGGCGGCCAGAGUUGACCUCCUGGGCCUUGUCCACUUCCUGGUGAACGAAGAGGACGAAGCCUUGGCGUCCGCCAUCCAGGCCAACUCCUUGGCCUUGCUGGAUGGUGUCUUGCUGCCCAACUGCUCCUGGAGGCCUGGCCAGUCGAAUGGGAAGAUCCGGCGCGGUGGCAUGGUCUGCGUUCAUGCACUGCUGCGGCGGCAUUUGGUUCCAUCCACAGUCCUGAACGAGGUGUUUGUGGAUCUUAUGCCGAUUCUCAAGAGCUGCCUGGAUGAUAGUUGGUCUCCAGACAACCGAAUGGUCGCCUGUCUGGUGCUGUCCUGCACCCUCACAGACCUUCAGGCGGAGAUCAACGGGGAACAGCUGCGGGAGGUGUAUCCUGAGCUGUUGAAGCGUUUGGAUGACUCCAAUGACAAGAUUCGAGUGGCGGUGUGUGAGGCGCUGGAUGUCUUCUUCAAAUGCUUGCCACACAACUGGAGUCGGACUCUCUACGAGUACAUCCUCCGCAACCUCUUCGUACACUUGGAUGAUCCGAAUCCCGAGAUCCAGCAGGGCAUCUAUGCAGUGCUCCAGUCGGCUGUACAUCAGGACUAUGCGACCUUCCAGAAGGAAGCGCAGAGUGCUGUGGUCAAGAGCUCCCAUCCGCGGCUGUGCGAAGAAUUGGUUCGCCUAGCUGAUAGCCUGCAGAAGGCCUGCGAUGGCCGUGGCAAACUAAGAAGCUGUCUGAAGCGCCUAGCGUCAGAGCCGGGGUGCCUUCCGGUGAGGUGAAGGGGAAAUGCUUUAAGCUCCCGGCAGGAAUUCGCAGUUAGAUAGACCAGCGCUUGCUC